UUGAGCUCCUUGUGGUCUAGCUACACUUAACAAAUAGCCACGUGUUCAACCACUUCUGUCUGCCACGACCUUCCAUUUUUGGAUACCUAUAUAGAACUCUGAACCAAAACAAAGUUCAUAUCGAUAAAAAAGCUUGAUAUUGAUUCCAAAGAAGCCAUUUCAAAUUUGAUCUUCCAUGAUCAAUCAAAAUCGUUCCCUUGAUUCAUACCAAUCCUUGUCUCUUUCUAUAUAAUCCCACAAAUUAGAUUGAGAAAAACAAAAAACGAAAAAGACAGAGAAAAGAAACAGUGAGACAUGUCCAACAAUCCUCACGUCUCCUCACCAUCCCUCCCAUUCCUCUUUUCCCUUCUCAGGGUAUUCUAAAAGGUAUGGAGUGUUUUGACGUCUGGAAAAGAUCAUGGUUCAGUUCCUAGACGGAUUAAAGCAGUUCUGUGCUAUUCUGGUGAAUUGUUGCGAUGCUGAUUUGUAUAAGCCACCCAGGGGCCUGGAAGAUCCUGAAGCUCUUGCAAGGGAAACAGUAUUUAGUGUGAGUGAAAUAGAAGCAUUGUAUGAGCUGUUUAAGAAGAUCAGCAGUGCAGUGAUUGAUGACGGGCUGAUUAACAAGGAAGAAUUUCAACUGGCAUUAUUCAAGACCAAUAAAAAAGAGAGUUUAUUUGCAGACAGGGUUUUUGACUUGUUUGAUAUCAAGCACAAUGGGAUCCUAGAUUUUGAAGAGUUUGCUCGUGCUCUCUCUGUCUUUCACCCCAAUGCACCUAUUGAUGAUAAGAUUGAAUUUUCAUUCCAGUUGUACGAUCUUAAACAGCAGGGGUUCAUUGAGAGACAGGAGGUGAAGCAAAUGGUGGUGGCUACACUUGCUGAAUCUGGUAUGAAUCUAACGGAUGAUGUAAUUGAGAGCAUCAUUGACAAGACGUUUGAGGAAGCUGAUACUAAGCAUGACGGGAAGAUUGACAAGGAAGAAUGGCGAAACCUUGUUUUGCGGCACCCUUCUCUUUUGAAGAAUAUGACUCUUCAAUAUCUAAAAGACAUCACCACCACAUUCCCCAGCUUUGUCUUUCAUUCACAAGUUGAUGACACCUAAGAAGUCCAUAGUUGAUGAGAAUUUUAACUUCUGAUUGGAUUUCCAAUGACUUGCACAUCCUCUCUUUUUUGCAUAGAUGAGAUGAGGUAUUUUGGUUUGAACUGCCAUUGUGGGAACAAUCUGCUUCUCGUUUCCAUGCUUUAUGAGGAAGAGCAUAUUCAUUGGUCGAUUGGCUUUGUCUUCAUUUAGUUAUAUAUGUGAUCAUUAAAUUGUUUGCAAAAGGAUUAUUUAAGUAUUUGCUUGGCAUGCUGAUUGAGAUACUGUUGAGCACAGAAUCAUGAUGGAAAUGUUACUAAUAUCAAAUUUAUUAUUA